GGUGCAAGGCAUGCCGGGGCGAGUAGGCCACGCGAGGCCGCGCAAAGCGUGCCAGGGCCUGCAGUCACCAGGGGCAGCCCCGCCCCCGCCGCGGGGGGCGGCGCCAUUGGCUCUUCUCAGCCCCGCGCUCGGCAACGCGCGGCGCUUGCGCUCCUGCCCCUCCCCCACCUCAGCCCCGCCGGCAGCACGCACCGGCUCGGGCCAAGAUGGCGCUGGAGGCGCGGGGUAUGGAGCAGGAUGUGGAGGACGGCGAGAUCUCCGACUCGGAUUCUGACAUGCCGGUAGCCGCCGCCCCUCCCGUGCCGUUGCCGCCGAAGCCACAGAAUGAUAACAAUGCAGCUAGACCUUUCCAGAGCAACAUUUCAGGAUGUGCACCAACUAUUCCUUACAGGACAAUCAAAAGUGUGGACUCCAGUGAGGACAGUUUUUCAGAUUCAGAUGAUGAUAGUUUCUGGAAACGGAAACGACAGAAAUGUUUUAACCUUCCUCCUGUGAAACAAGAGCCUUUUCAGUUUAAUCAGAGCCAGCAAAAGCAAACAACUGCUGUAGGAGGUAGAAAGAUCAACAACAUUUGGGGCUCAGUGCUUCAGGAACAAAAUCAGGAUGCAGUAGCCACUGAACUUGGGAUUUUAGGAAUGGAAGGUAGUAUUGACAAGAGCAGGCAGUCCGAGACUUAUAAUUACUUGUUGGCAAAAAAGCUUAUGAAGCAAGCUCAGGAGGAGGUGGAAUCUUUAGACAAAGAGUUGGAUGAAUACAUGCAGGAUGACAAAAAAUGGGUGGCAAAGGAGGAAGAAAAUGGAAAAGGUCAUCUCAAACGGAAACGGCCUGUGAAGGAGAGAGUGGGUGAAAGACAAGAGAUGGAUUAUAAAGGGAGGUAUGAGAUUACUGAAGACGAUUCUGAGGAAAAAGUGGCAGAUGAAAUUGCUUAUCGGCUUCGAGAACCCAAGAAAGAUCUGAUAGUCCGAGUAGUGAAAAUCAUUGGGACUAGGAAAGCUAUUGAACUACUUAUGGAAACAGCAGAAGUGGAACAAAAUGGUGGACUAUUUGUAGUGCGGGUCCCAACUUCAGUUCAUGACCCAUAUGAGGGUCACGGGGGCAGUGCCAGUGGUGCUGUACACAAAGGACGAGCCGCACCACAUGCCGGGAGCUCCCCUGCCCCUGGGCUGCCGCUGCACUCCGCUCCCAGCAGCGGGUCGCGGCAAAAAAAGAAUGGCAGCAGAAGAAGAACACCUGGGGGAGUUUAUUUAAACCUGCUGAAAAACACACCCAGCAUCAAAGAAGAGCAAAUCAAGGAAAUUUUCUACGUAGAAAACCAAAAGGAGUAUGAAAACAAAAAGGCUGCUAAGAAGAGGAGAGUGCAAGUUCUGGGGAAGAAGAUGAAACAAGCUAUUAAAGGGCUCAACCUUCAAGAAUAUGACGACGCAUCUCGAGAAACUUUUGCUAGCGAUACAAAUGAGGCCCUGGCUUCUCUUGAUGACUUACAGGAAGGACAUAGUGAAAUAAAGAUGGAAGGACACAGUGAAAUAAAGAUGGAUCCAGAGGAUACCAUUGAAAUGGAUAAUGCCCAUGAUUUGGAGAUCUUUUAGUCAAUAAUAUACUGAACACUUGAACUAUAUCUCUAUGAAUAUAUUAAAUCAGCCUUUUCUAUUAUACUUCUAACCUGUUUCAUAAGUUUCACAAAUAAAGAUGAUGGGGAAACACUUGUAUGCUGGACAAAAUACAUAAUUAUUAUGUAAAUUUAACAGUGUGGAAGAGCUGUUACCUGUCCUAUUUUGUUGCUCUGUUGAAUCCCCAGAAAAUGUUUUAGGUGAUUUAGUUGACUGUUUUCUUUUUUACAGUAUGUGUUGCCUAAAAUUGAGUCAUUGGGCAAGUUUUGGAAUCAACUCAGGGCUAGUGCUUAACUAACAAACCAUUCACUUGGACAGAUUAAAUAUAAAGUCAAGCACCACUCAUAAUUGUAAUGAAACAUCUGAUCUCUAGUAAGACAUCUUAUUAAAGGUGUGAUAUGGUCAAUAUGGCCAAGUAUUGACAAAAAUAGUACUACUGAUAGGAUUAAGACCUCUGUUCAGUUUCCCAAAAUUAAAGCGACCAUCAGUCCCUUGAAUAACCACUUCCUCAGAGUGAGCAGUGGAGGCAGUCCAUGAUUUCUAGAUCUUUAAAUGGGACAGGACAGAGUGUUUUUUGGUGUUGUUAUAACAAGAGUAGACUAAGCUAACUGCUUGUUUGGUGUAAUCUUUGUAACUGGCGUAGGUUGUACAAACCCUUAGCCUCAAAGUCUGUUGACUUCAACUGAAUU